GGUGGUUAUAUUAAUAAAAUGAUCGCUUGCAAUUGUUGUCAAUAAACAAAAUGGUGGGUAACAAACACUAGGCUAGCCAUUGGAACUAGAUGCUGCUUAGUGCAUGAAAGUUAUCUACAGUAGCAAAAGACGGAACAUGUUUCAAUAAUUUCCCUGUUCACGGUGACAUGUUCCUAAAUUGAACUGAAUUUGGUUGGAAGUAAGGUUAUCAUUGAAUUUUAUAUGAAUUUGCAUAUUUUUGUGUCUCAUGCCUGUCUGAAAGAUUUGGAUCAAAUCAUUGGAUCCUUUGUAUAUUGAUAAAAUAGUUGAUCGUGUUGGUUGUUGACCACAGUGUACUCUUAGAGCAGUUUAACCUGUGACUCUAGGGAGUGAGCUUUGACCGUUGGAAUUUCAGUUGCCAAUAAUUGAAAGAUUAAAAUGAAUUCCCUAAAGACGAAAAAAGAAAAGGGGAAUUUUCUAAUUACAAAAUCAUAAAAGAAUUGAUAUCCUUGGUACAUUAUAUUUGACAUGAGGUUAUAAUAAGAAAAAUCUUUUAAAGAAACACAAUAAGAAAAAUAUUUUAAAGAAAUUGGCAACGCAUAGGACCAAGAGGGUCCCUGUUUCAAGGUAAUGUGUGCUUCGUUUUUGCUGAAUGUUGCAUGCGUUGGACCACACACCUUAGUUCCUCCACUAUAAGAAGAACUUUUCCACCUUCCACUUCUCAACAAACUAAAUUUUAAAAAUCUUGGUACACUUGUAUACUCUUAGCCUCUCAGAUAUAUUCUUUCAUUCAAGGCACAAUCUUGAACUUCUUUAAUUUUCAUCUACAAACGUAGAAUUUGUUUCUAGCUCAUUCAUAUUUGAGUACAAUUAAUUUGCAAUAGCAUAGAUGAAGGGCAAAAAUGUGGCUAAUAAGAUGGAUGAGUCGAAGAAGAGGAUAUCAAGUAGAAAACUUGGAAGGUUUCUCAAGGAGCAGAGAGGAAGGCUUUACAUUAUGAGAAGAUGUGUAGUCAUGCUACUUUGCUGGCACGAUUAAUGGCACCAAGUCAUAUUUCAUACAUAUAUGAGAUUGGAAGACAAAAGGGAUGGGACACUAGUAGUGUUCCCUUUUGUCAUCCUCUCCUUUCAAUUGUAAAGAGAAAAGAGGAACAUUAAGCUAGAAUAAUUAGCUAAAAAUUACAACAGUAGCAAUUUAGUUGGUAAAUUAAUCUAGUCUCUGCGAUUCGUAUAUGAUUUUAAUUAUUGUGUAACAAUGCUAGAGCUAUCGAUACUGGCUUCUUACCUUAAAUUUGUAAUGCAUUAGCCUCAUCAGCUAGCUGUAUCAUCUAUUUAAUUAUGCUGUAUUUCUGUCUCCUCUCUUCUUCUUUGGUAGAACGUUCCCUUAUCUUUUACUACUAUUUUACUUUUCUUUGGAGUGAGGAAGAGUUUUCUGAGACUUGCUAGCUGUUGUAAUUGGGGCUUUAAGGAUAGACUAGUGUUAGUUGAAAUUCAUAAGAUCA